GGCACAAGGGUUUACCCACGGACUGAUUACUUUGUGGGUGGGAUCCAAGAGAAGUUAGGGUUUGCUAGCAGUGAGACAGUGUGAUUUUUGUGGGUCGGUGUGGGAUUGCACAGUACAGUGCGUCUUCGUUGCGGUCAUUGUUGGAUCGAGAGCAGGAUUGGAAAACUAGGGUUGGGAAUCUCUAGCUGGUGUGGAGAUUACUCGGGUGGAACAGUCAUCGGUGGAAGUCCGUGGAGCUCAAAUCCGGAAGCACUCAAUUAGGUUGUAUGAUCCGGGGAUCGCGUCACUUUUAGUGACCGAUUUUGUUCGUAGGUUUGGUCGAAUCUGUUGGGCAUGAUCUACAGGAGAAGUUUGAGUGAAGGGUCGUCGUUUUUGCAUUUUAACGCCCAGAAUUUCAUCUAAGAGGAAUCGCCCCAGUGAAGAGAGCUUUACAGCGCCUGAAUUUUUCGAAAUUGCUUUAGUUUGGUAGGUAGGGUAGAAACAGUAUUGGGCAAAGGGGGUCAUUGCUGAUGAGGCCCUAAGAUGGUGGCUCCCUUAAUAGUGAAGGUCGUUGCCUUCUCGCUUGCAAAAAAGGUCAUCGUCUUCCUUGUUGCUAAGUUGUAUGGAUUCCCAAGGCUUUACCGGCGUGCAUCUGAGCUCAAUCACUAUGUAAAUCGUGAUAAUGCAACGAGGAGAGAGAAGUUUCAAAAUCGAUUACAUUUUUUGUUUCGGCUCCCCACCCAUAUCUACAAAACUGUACAACGUUGGAGAGGAGUACAGCCUCCUCAAGGCCCACCGUCUGCUCCAGGGCAAUCACAAAGAAUCAACAGCAGCCAUCCACAGCACCACCAGGUUGAAUUCCAAAAUGGUCAUGAAUUUCAUACAAGCUCUCAUUCAUUACGAGUUCCGCUCCUGAAUGUGUCGAAUCCCUCUAAUUUUGGAGGAUUUGGCUCUAUCAGUCAGUCGAUAAGGUCUCAUCUAUUGGGUUUGAGGGCAGGAGGAAGUCAAAACUCAAAAAUCAGGCCAUUUUCUGGUUUCGCUACUCUCCCCUUAGGAGUAACGUCACUUGUUUCACCUUCCAGAGAAACAAAAAGCUUGCAAACGAUGAGCCGCGGGCAUUUCAGUGCUGUUGAUUUAGUAAAUAGUCAUAUAAUUCAGAUGAAAGCGUCCAAUUAAUUAUUGAAUUAUCUCAAAUUAACACAGCCAUGUCAACGUACUGCAAUGUUUAGCAAUAGGAGAUAUUGGGGUUAAGGGUCGGUCUUGCGUCAGUUUGUACAUGUGACGAGGUCUGGGCUUGACUUGUGAUUGUGGUUGAUCAGUUUACUGUCUUCCCUUCAUUGUGCACGCAUAUUCAAAUUGAUGCGCUGUCGAACUGGAACUAAUUCAGGAUGUUGCGUUAUUCCACCGAUGACGCAUCAUCGUUAUGAUAUCUAAAAUCUCUGAAACCAUGCCUAUCGUGAUUCAGCAUUGGAGACGAGCUGUUCAUGCAGUUUCAAUUAGCAUUUCUCAGUACCACAUUGAGAUUCAUAGUUUUAGCAUUGCUAGGUUAUCUGUGAGCACAAUUGACUAGCGUUUAUUGAGGAGCAAUUUAAUUGUAUAGUGUUUCAGCACUCGUGUAGUAAGGUCUCAUCUAUGCUUUUUCAGAUGUAACCAGGUUUGAAGUAUCGGUGCUGAGUAGCUCGAAGACGAAACUAAUAAUUUUUCCUUAGGCGGAGAAUGACUUCGUUGACAAGCUCACAUCCGUGAUGCUGUCGAUAGAAGGUGGAAAA